UCCGUAAUUUGUUGCAUAGCAAAGGGUAACCAACCAAAUUACUACUUCCGGUGUCGAAGAAGACGCUCGCGCGGAUCUACACGCUGUCGGAAAACUUUGUUAUUGCGAUUGAGUCACGUUAGCAAAUGGAAAAGAUGUGAACUUUGGGCCUACAUACUUCCACACUGGUCUCUCAACAUUUAAAGAGGAACCAUGAGCAGCUUGGAUCAAGACCAGGGUCUCCAUCCUAGUUGCCGUAACAAAACAACAGUCUCUAGUGAUUCAUCAGACACUCGGGAGCCUGCCAAGCAGCCUCUCCAAGGUCUAAAGUUGGCAUCGCAUGCCGUGCUGGAGAAGGCGCAGGAGAGGGGCAGGUUGAAAUGCUCUAAAUGUGGAGGAUCAAGGAUGUUCUUCUGCUACACGUGCUGUUCAUUACUGGGUGUCAACCUGCAAGAAAUUCCUUUAAUCAAGCUUCCAGUGAAGAUAGACAUCAUCAAGCAUCCCAAUGAGACGGAUGGAAAGAGCACUGCAAUCCAUGCCAAGAUCCUCGCACCCAAUGACGUCACAAUAUACACUUACCCCUGCAUACCCGACUAUGAAAAGGACCAGGUGGUGUUGGUGUUUCCUGGUCCAGGGGCGGUCUCAGUUCAAGACAUGAUGCAGUGUUUGCAUGACAUGACAGACAGCAGGUCACACAGGUCCUCUUAUGAACCCCGCAGAAAGAGGCUGAAAACUGAGGCAGUUCAAAGCGCCACACACGUGGCAGAGAAACCAGAGUCGAGCCCAGAUGAGGCAACGGGCUCGGAGUCAGGGGUGUAUCCCCUACAGAGGGUGGUCUUCAUCGACAGCACAUGGAACCAGACCAACAAGAUCAGCACAGAUGAAAGACUGCAAGAUCUGCUCCGGGUGGAGUUGACAACGAGGAAAACGUGUUUCUGGCGCAGCCAGAAGGGCAAACCAAACACCUACCUAGCUACUAUCGAGGCCAUUUAUUAUUUUCUCAAGGACUUCCGAGAACAUUGCCUUGCUCAGGAGUAUAAUGGAGAAUAUGACAACCUUCUCUUCUUCUACUCCUACCUGCACUCAGUUGUCAACAAAGCGAAGACUUCUGCUGGAAAAUGCUGAGGAAUCAAAUCAGCUGCAAGAGACUUGUCAAAAUUGUGAAUCUACUCUUCAGCUACAGUUCAUGAGUUUUGUUUUAUGGCUGACUGAUAUUUUUAUUUUGUAUGAGAUGGUAUUUGUCUAAUAUGCAAUAAAACACAGUUUACAAUUGCCAAAUGUAAAA